AUGCAAUGGACAUCUUCGGGGUCAUGGCAGCAGAAGCCAUUCCGUUUUCUCCUACGCAUCAGCAACACCCAGACCGCCCUCAAGUCGGCCUGGGUUAUUCGUCACAAGCCCAUCCAUCUCAAGCUUAUCCAUCUCAAGCUCAUCCAUCUCAAGCUCAUCCAUCUCAAGCUCAUCCAUCUCAAGCUCAUCCAUCUCAAGCUCAUCCAUCUCAAGCUCAUCCAUCUCAAGCUCAUCCAUCUCAAGCUCAUCCAUCUCAAGUUCAUCCAUUUCAAGCUUAUGACUCCUUUCCGGAAGCCCCCAUCACCUUGGCCUUGGAGACCAAGAGAGACCACCUCCCACGGCAAAGUCCACCAAGAGAACCAAAAGCACCAAACACUCACCUCGGCAAUGUUUCGCUCCGGCGCUCUGAGUCCAGCGCCCCCUUCUCAUCCACCGGCGCUCGGGACGAGCCUGGCUCCUCAAGGAGACACCAACGCGAAUCGUGUCCAUCAACCGCCGCCGCUGGGUGUCAAAGCAGGGUCCGCCGAACAUGUUUUCUCGCUCCUGCGUGGAGGUCGGGGACUCGCCUGCCCUCACUUCCCCAAGUACACCACCGCCGGGGUCUCAACCGCACGUCGAAAAUACCCGAGCCGUCUCGGCUUCUUCCACGCCUCGAGUCCCAAAGGCCACAUCAGCUACCUGGAGACCGCCAAGUUCUGCGCCGCCUGCCUCGACCAAGCCGUGCCGAGUGGCUACAAUUAUUGGUCCAUGGUCCCCGACGGCAAUGGCUCAGUCAAAGGAGGCCGGUGGCUCGACACGGCGGCUUCGUCUCAGACGUAUCCCCGAUUGUAUCAGUCUGGUACCGAGCGGUUCGACAAAACAACCGUCUCUCCGCAGUCUGUCCCAGAGCAUCUUCUCACUUCACCCAAGGAGGUUCCCAUUCCCAAGGUGCCGGGGGCCCUCGACGCCUGGCGUUGGCUACAAGCCCAGCAGAAGCCCUUCUAUCUCGACGGGCUGCAUCUCACGAACGGCUCGACGCCUUUCGCGCAGCUGUCUGUCGAAGAAGAUUCUGCCAUUGUCAAAACGAGUGGCGAGCCAUACAUCGCGGGCCGAUCUACUCACGCUGCUGAUAGCCAGGUUCACCAACGCCACGUCGAAGAAGGUUCUGUUGUUCGGCCCAAGAGUCUCCAGGCGCAACGAUUCUUUCCAGACGGCUUUGUCCCGAGUGGCAAGCCGAACGAGUCCGCCGCCGCCUCUACGGUUUCCCUGACAAUAUCUAAAAAUCCCGCUUUUGGGACGGCCUCGACCUCUUCAAUCAAGCGGAAGGCUGUACCUGCUAGAGGGAAUGGUCCCGGGACGCUGCCGGCAUCUGCCACCCCACCCGUUCAGCAAAGAGCCGUGACAUCACCUCCAGGGCUGCCGCAACCUCCAGUCAGUAGGCCAGAAGCCAUCCACCAUGAUGCUGUGACAGGAAAGACGAUGAGUCCCCAGCCAAAGGCUCAUUUUCUCGACGGGUCGCGUUCAAUCUCUCAACCAACGUCGGUCUUUGGCGUUGAUGCCGGCCAGGGACCCCAUGUCUUGGUUCCAAGAAACACCGCGGCUCUUGACCCUCCGGAUAGGACAAAGUUGCCUCAGGGAGAUCCUCGAUUUCUCCAAGACGCCCGGUCAUCCAGUGCCAUUUCGAGUCCGCAAAGCCUCUCUUCGCCAACCGUGCCGAUGAGGGGAGCCAAGACGCCCCAAGAAGUCGCACCGUCCUUGGACAGGGGUUCUUCUGGCGGAAACCAGCCCAUCUCGAGGACAUCUGUCCGGAGCCAGACCGGAGAACCAACGAAGCCCGCUCUGCCCGUUCUAGGCCCGAAGCCGAGUGACAAGAGCAAAGACGGCAGAAAAGAACAGCCGACCUCUGACGCCACGGCUGGCCAGGUGCCGCAAGACAAGCCGACUGCUCGGAGCUCCCAGCCGCGGAAAGCCGAGAGCUCUUCACAAGUCGGCAGAGAUACGCUGCCCAACUCGGACAGGACGCGCUUCGCCCGGAACUGGUACCGCCAUGACCCCAUCGACUUUGAUGAGUUGGACGGGCCAUCUUCGCCUCCAGCAGAGCAGACUCCAGAUACCCGUUCAGAAGAGACGCCUGGUACGCCGUUGCCCUUGCCCAGGAUCCUUCCACAGCCCCGGAGCUCCAAGACGGACGCGACAGAUUACAAGUUGGCCGCAACGGCUGUCGCCGAGCUCUUCCGCCUGCUUCAGUCCCCUCCAGAAGGCAAGUCGCGGGCCAAAAGAACCCUUUCUCUUCCUGAAGCAUCGAACAGAGGGUCUCUUGAGCGGUCGUCUGGUGUGGGCGAGCCGGCAAUCCAUCAAGAGAGACAAGUUACCAAGCCAUCAAAGAAGUCCAAAAUGCCGCAGAUGAUGUCCGGCAUCCCGGAGACCAUGUCCAGCGUGGCAUACGACACGUCCAGCAUGCCGCAGAAGGUGCCCUACGCGAUACAAACUCGAAGCAGGCCACCAAAGAUCUCGAACGCGCCACAGACGGUCUCCGGGGUGCCACCGGUGGUGUCCAACGUGCCGCAGACGGCAUCUGACGCGAUGCAAAAGGCUCCAAGCAGGCCGCCAAAGAUCACCAACGCGCCACGGGUGGUUUCCGGAGUCUCACAAACGAUGUCCAGCGCGCCGCAGAAAAUUAAGAUGCCCAGCGUACCGCGGAAGAUAUCAGGUCAAGCUGGAAGCCAGGCCAUGCCGUCCAUACCCCCACAGAAACGCAGAACACACGAGGUGGUGGAGGAGAUGCCGCCGUCGCCCGCCAACCAGCUCACAGUCACCGACCGGUCCAUCGCGAAGAAGCCUUCCCCAGCCCGCCCUUUACGAAGCGCUCCAACCUCUUCGCAGUAUCCUGUGGUUCCAUCUCACCAGCCACAGGACACUCGAUCUCUAGGUGCCGCCGGUUCCAAGACCAAAUCGGCAGGCCCUGCUCCCAAACACGCCACAGGAGCGGAGAAGAAGGAUGCCGUCAGAUCAGUUGUCGACACUUGGAGACAGAAGACGGCCAGCGGGAGCAAAGCGAAUCCAGACCGAGGUUCCAAGGCGCCCAAGCCAUCAACCGUCAAGGUGGCUGAUGGGAAGGUAAAGACUAAACGUACGGCCCCGAGGGCAGAGCCUCGCAAGCGGCGGGUGGGCGACACCAAGAAGAUUCCUGGGGCCGAGAAAAAGAGAAAAUCACACCCUAAAGACCCUGGUUCCCUCAGAGUACCGGGGAAAGAGAAAAGAGGAGGUCGAUCUUCGUUGGGACACGGCAAGCCGGGAGCUCACGACACGCAUACCACCACCAAGAUCAGCUCCAUGUCCAACUCAACGACCAAUUGUCCCAUCUAUCUACUGGGUGGAGGAUCGCGAGACUCCGACUCGGAUUCCGAUGUCGAGAAUGAUGACGACAUGUCUGAUUCUGACUACGCUUCCAAUCCAUUCCAGACAAGUGAUUUGGACGACGACGAGCCGGCCCAAGAAGGAGGACCAAACCAGUCGGACACAGAAGACGCUGCCAACGCCAGCCAAGACGGGGGACCAGGACAAGAUUCGGCACAAGAUUCCAGACCUUCUUCGCCAGAGUUUCCCCCAGGCGAACACGUCCCUAAUCCCCCUGGACAGUCCGCACUAACUCAAGCUGAAGCCGGGCGCCCAGACUCGAGAAUAAGCCUGGUCUCUCAACCAUCGAUCCCAGAUGUAUCUGUUCCAAACCCGUCCUUGGGAGGCACCCAGCAGCCCGGAACAGCCCAUGAUAGUCCCAGGCAGUCAUGGUCUGCAGACCAAGACGCCUCGGAUCCCUUCGGAAACCAGCAGACAUCUGUCUCCUCUGGCCCUUAUAUGGAGCCUCCGUUUGAUACCGGUGCAUCGAGCAGCUACUGCUCGUCGCCUCCGUGGUUGGGCCAAACUCUGGCGGCAGACACCCCUCAGCAGCAUUCUCCUCUGGAACCAAUAGGCUUCGAGAACUCGCGAGGCCUGCCAGAACAGGGCCAGACCAACAGCACUCUGCCUAACAACAGCCAGCAGGUUGAUUCCGUAUCUUCGUGGCCCUCUGGAACGAUAGAAACGGCCCCGUUGAGCUCUACGGACCAGCAUGGCUACACCGCUAUGCCAUCCGCACCGUCGUCCGGAAACCCUCGGGUGUUCGAUGGCUCAUACUAUCCUCCGGUAAACUCAGCAUCGGCAUCAAAUGAUCCUUUUCAAGGCCAGGCUGAAUCAUCUCAGCCCUCGUUUGUGGGAGAUCAGUCGCAGGCAUCUUUCCUUACUCGGCAACAGGCCUCUGUAUUGCCUAGUGGUACAUCAAGAGGCUUAUCUCGAAACCAAGCACAAGCAGGUGCCGACUCCUCCGGUCAACGGAAUUUCGAAAUGGGCCAAAGUGGACAAAUGCCGACGUCAGUUCCGGAGCCGGCGCCAACAACCGGGCAGCCCGCGCCACUCGGUCAACCUGGAUCACCGUGGCCUACGGCAACUGGACAGGGCCUCAACGCGAGUUACUUCUCUGAAGCCCCCUACACAUCAGCCGAGGCGGCAUACGACCCGUACUCUACUAGCCUACUAGCCCCUGAGAAACACGCAGAUCCUCAGCCGGACCCCUGGACCGCAAGUCGUACAGGAAACACCGCUGAGCAAACUUCGCCAUGGGCGCCCAAGCAGUAUGAGCCGUUCUCUCCAAGCUCUCCAACUGUUCCUGUUCCUAGCUUCUCAAGCAACCAAGCAUGGGAUCAACAGGCCGGUCCGCCUGCCACGUUCGGCAGGCAACAAGAACGCCAGCCCUUUCCUGGGGACCAGUCUUUAGGUACGGAUCCGUCAGAAUGGAAUUCCCGAGACAAAAGCGUAGCUCCGACGGACUCGUGGGACCCUAACGCCACUCGCCAGUCAAGCCCCGCGCCGUACGCCGCGCAGGGCUCGCAGCGGGCGCCCUACGGCUCGUAUCAGUCGCCACCAAGAAACCGUUUAUACGCCCUCGGGGACCCGUCGCCUCAGAGGACCGGCGGCAGCAACAAGGGGAAAAUCCUCCUGGCGGCGGCGGCUGGGGCGGCUGUCGGCAUUGGGGCCGCCGCGCUUCUGAGCCGGAGCUCUUCGGCGUCGUCCAAGAGCUCCCACAUCCAGUCGCCGCCGCCCGGGACAGACGUGAAAAACUACGCCGCCUGGGGGAACGUCCCUGCCUCCAACGAUGGGUUUCCUUACGAUGGAGCGUAUAGCGGCUCGGAGAAAGCGGGGGGCGCUUCGAGCUCGUCGUCGUCGUCUCCGUCGUCGUCGUCAUCGUCGGGCCAUGGAAACCGUGAUGAUCCGGCCCAGAGAGAGGCGGCUUCUCACGAUUGGAACGACGUCGACAGCGACGACAACCAGAGCGGCGCUAGCAACGACGAAGGGUUCGGAAUGAGGGAUGACGGCGACGAGUCUGACAACCACUCAGUGGCCUCUGAUCAGUUAACGUCCCUCUCAUAUGACAACGAGAAUGCUCCCCAGGCCCCGAGUGUGUCAGGAGCCUCGGACUCGGACCAAGCCGGAUGGUACGACGGUGACGGCUAUGGCAGCGCCUGGAAUGACGAAGAGAAUCAUGAUCAGGGGUCGCAGGGGUCGGAUCGGUCCCAGGCCGGGGAGCACGACAUGUAUGGAUCGGACCAGGAGCUGGCGUACAACUCGGAGCCUCAGGGGCAGUUCACAUCUGGUUCGGACCAAGGGUCCGAGUCAGAGCAAGAAUACAUGGUAGACGAUGAGGCUGUUCACGAGGAAUCCCCCAGCUCUGUGGCGGGAUCGGAUCACUACCUUGAGCAGUCGGGUACAGAGCAAGAUGAGAGUGGGCUGGAUGAGGAAGGUGAAGAUUGCAUUGGGCAUGAGAUUGUGGAUGAAAGCGACGAGGCGGAGGGAUACGGCGAGGAGGAACAAGAUGGAAGUCAGGAAGAUGAAUAUGAAAUUGAGAAUGAUGGGGAGGAGGAGGAGGAGGAGGAGGAAAGUGAGGAGGAGGAAGAGGAAGAGGAGGAGGAAAGUGAGGAGGAUGAAAGCGAGGAGGAGGAAGAAGAAGAGAGCGAAGACUAUGCCGAGGAGUACGACGAAGGCGGCGGCGGUUCAGACAGUGAUGCGUAUAGUUACUAA